UCAGCUGCCUCUUUGUCUGCUCACUGAAUGCGAUACCAGAACUCAUUCUGCUUCUAUCGGCGAGGUGACUGCAGCCGCUGUGACUUCUGUAUGCCGGUCUGCCCGUAGUGCGGGAACUGACUCCCGCGGUGUGUCGAACUGACUGCCUGGCAGAUGUCAGUUCCUAUCGCAUGGCGCCAUCAUCCAGCUGUGCCCCGCCAUUUUCCUGCAGACCAUUCACCUUCGACAAACUAGCAGUACGUCAACGAGACAAGACUACUUACUAGCUCCAAAUCUCUGAAACCUUGGCCACAACGAGUCAUCUCUCUCAUUAUAAUACUCGCCCGCCAUCCACCUCUGCUCGUGUGCCUUUGCUCGUUGUAUCCCCGCCCCCAUAUAAGCAGGCCUUCUCCCCCAGUACGUCCACCCCAUGCAUUCUUCUCUACUUUAUCCUACGCAUAUCUAAUCUAUCUAGAUGUCUACUGUCAUUGAGAAAACCUCAACGCCGGAGGACUCCGUCUCCGGCGAGAGCGAGUUCUACAACGAGAAAAAGGCCGUCGACGUCACCACCACCCCCCUCGACUCCGAACCCCAGCAUGAGCACGACGCCGUCGUCGAGCGCAUGCGCGAGACCGGUGACAUGGAGGAUCUCAUCGCUGAGGGCUACGCUGACUUCUUUGUCGAGAAACUCGGCAUGAUGUCCACCGCCGAGGCCCUCGAGGUCCUCCAGUACUCGUUCGAGUACCACCAGACCGAUAUCAACUUCCCCCAGGCCACCAUGGACAGAAUCACCCACCUUCUCCAGGGCGAGGAUGCAUACGGCCAAGGCCCCAUCAUCUACAACCUCGACCUGCGACUCGAAGCCUCGCUCAUGAAAUACCACUCGCCCUACCCCGAGGUGCGCUCCGUCUGCGCGCCCACUGACGACCCCUCGAUCCCUGUCGAGACCGCCCGCGCCUAUGUCAUCGGUGUCUUCUGGGUCGCCGUCGCGGGCUUCAUCAACCAGCUCAUUUACUUCCGCCAACCGCAUUUCACGUUGACCUCCCAGGUCGUUCAGUUGCUGCUGCUGCCUUGUGGUCAGUUCGCCGCCAAGUUCAUUCCUGCGCGGAACAUCAAGAUUUGGAAGUGGACGCUCAACACAAACCCUGGACCCUGGACUUUCAAGGAACAACUCUUCGCCACCAUCAUCACAAACGUCGGCUCGCAAAACUCCGUCUGGGGCCAGUACGCGCCCGUCGUUCGCGAGAAUCUCUUCUACGGCCAGCAAUGGGCAGACUACGGCUUCACUGUCUGCAUCAACCUCAUCUGCCAGUUCUUCGGACUCGGCACCGCUGGUAUUCUCCGCCGUUUCUGCGUCUACGAGAGCAAGGCUGUCUGGCCCACGCUGCUGCCUACCUUGCAGCUUAACCGCACGCUGCUCUUGCCUGAGGACAAACGUGUUAUCAAUGGCUGGAAGAUCACAAAGUACCGUCUUUUCAACAUCUUGUUGGCCAUCACCUUCGUCUACUUCUUUAUCCCCGACUACCUCUUCACCGCUCUCAGUACCUUCAACUGGAUGACCUGGAUCGCCCCUAACAACAAGAACCUGGCUUUUGUCACCGGAUCAAAGAUCGGAGUCGGUUUCAACCCCAUUCCCUCGUUCGACUGGUCCGUCAUCAACUACGCAAACUGCCUCGUCGUUCCCUGGUUCACCACCGCCAACCAGUACCUCGGAUCUGUUCUCGGUGCGCUCAUCUGCCUGGGCCUGUACUACUCCAACUACAAGUGGACUGGCCAUGUCCCGCCCAACACCAGUACCGUUUACGACAGAUUCGGAGCGACCUACAACCUCUCCCGCGUGCAAACAAACGGAGUCUUUGACCAGGUCAAGUACGAGGCAUACUCGAUUCCCUAUGUUUCGGCCGGAUACUACAUGUACCUCUGUGCUUCCUACGCUGUCUACAUGUUUGCCUUUGUCUACAUUUUCAUUGGCGAGUGGAAAACACUUACCGUUGCGUGCAAGGGCUUUGUUGCCAGUUUGAAGGACAGAAACAAAACCGCCUAUGAGCGCUACAGAGAUCCCUUGUCGGUCAUGAUGCGCCAGUACAAGGAGGUGCCUGACUGGUGGUUCAUCAUCAUCUUGCUUUUGACGUUCGUAACCACCCUGCUCGUCACGCACUUUUACCCCACCACCGUGCCUCUCUGGUCCGCAGUUGUCAUCCUGCUCGUUGCCUUGGCGAUGCUUGUUCCCUUCAUGAUCCUCUACGCCACCACUGGUUACUACAUGUCCACCAACAUGCUCGGCACCAUUCUCGGCGGUUACAUGGCUCCCGGCAACGGUCUUGCCUGCGUCUUCAUCCGUGCCUUUGGCUUCUGCGUCGACGACCAGGCCGAGACCUACGUCGGCGACCAGAAACUCGCGCACUACGCCAAACUCCCCCCUCGCGCCGUCUUCCGCGCGCAAUGCGUCGCCACAGUCGUGCAAGUCUUCGUCACCGCCGGCGCGGUCGAGCUCGCGCACGGUAUCGAGGACUUUUGCAGCUGGGACCAGGGAUCCAGGUUCUACUGCGCGUGGUCGCACAGUAUCUACUCUGGCACCUUGCUGUUCGGUGUCGUCGGCCCUAGUCGUAUUUUCGAUACCUUGUACCCGAUGAUUAAGUGGUCGUUCUUGAUCGGUGCUGUGAUUGCGCCGCCCUUGUAUUACAUCCGCGCCCGGUAUACCCGAUACCUGCGAUUCUUGCAUCCUGCUUUGAUUCUCGGAGGAAUCACAAAGUUCGGCUCUAACUACAACCUGACCUACUACACCGGCGGCUUCUACUUCUCCUUCGUCUUCAUGUGGUACAUCCGCACCCGCUACCUCAUGUGGUGGUCUAAGUACAACUACAUCAUCUCCUCCGGUAUCUCCGCCGGCAUUGCCUUCUCCGGAAUUCUCAUCUUCCUCGCCCUGCAGUACCACCCAAAGCCCCUGUCCUGGUGGGGCACGACCGUGCAGAGCGCGGGCGUCGACGGCGGCGGCUCUGCUACGCUGUAUGAUCUGCCCGAGAUUGGAUAUUUCGGUCUCGAUCCGGGUACGUGGUCUUAAAUCCACUCGCACGUCUUCUUCUUUUCUCUGCUUUUUUUGAUUUAUGAUUGGUUUCUCGUUGUGGUAGAUGCAUCUUGAAAAGUGUUUUUGUUCUUCAUUUGUUUAUUUCUUUAUGUACAUCGAUUAUUAGUUUCUUGUGCGCUGAUAUGUUUUGCGCCGAUAUGUUUUACUUUAAUGGGAUUCUCUGCUCUUUUCAUUAAAUCACGAAUGAACAACGUACUCGUAGAGUCUUAUAAAAAAAUUGUCUUCACAUGUUUGAAGUAAAGGCAUCUAGGUCGGA